UUGGCAGCGCUCGCCAGUCCAGCCAACGACCCGAUUGACAUUCGACCUGACAAAAAAGCAUUGCACUUGUUUCAAAGAAGUCUGCAACAAAGAGCUUUCAAAAUUUAAGUUUUGAAACCAACUUGUCCCGUGUUCAUUUAGCAAAUUACCCCCCGAAUUAACCAUGCCACGAGGUAAAUUCACAAACCACAAAGGCCGCAACCGAAGGUUCACAAACCCCGAAGAGCUCGAGGAGGAGCGAAGACGCGAAGAGCAGAAGAAGAAAUGGAGGCAGCAACAAGGCGACGACAGCAGCAGCGAAGAGGAGGCCUCCGGCGACAAAAAAAUAAGCGAGGAGGAGUCCGGCAGCGACGAGGAGAGCACCAGCGAAGACGAGAGGAAGGCGAAAGGCGUUUCUAACCUCAUAGAAAUCGAAAACCCCAAUAGGAUACAAAAGAAAAGCAAAAAGUUGUCCACUUUAAAUACGGAAUUAGACGGUAAACCUCAGCUGUCGCGUCGGGAGCGCGAGGAAAUCGAGAAACAGAAGGCGCAAGCACACUACCAGAAGCUGCACGCGGAGGGCAAGACGGAGCAAGCCAGGGCUGAUCUGGCGAGAUUAGCGAUCAUCAAGCAGCAGCGCGAAGAGGCGAAGAAGCGAAGGGAGGCCGAACAGAAAGAAAAGGAGACCGCGGCGAAGUUGAAGACGGCGCAAACUCAGAAAGCUUUAGGCAAAAAGUAAGUCGCAGCUUCGAGGUUCAUUCGUUUUUCAGAUGUAUUAAAUUACUAUUAUUGUAUAAUGGUUACUCUCUUGUGUUUAACUUUAAACGUGUUUUAUAGUAAUUAAAAUCUGUAAGUAUA